GUGGACCCCGUGUCACUCUUCGCGUUUUCGAGGCUCGACCGCGAAACCGAACGCACGGUAACGAGGAAAAACCCACGAGUUGGGAGUCGGUGAAGAAGUUUCACUCGCUACAAUUCGCCAUUCCUCCUGGAAGAUGAUGCUAAACGUUCUCUCGAUAUGUCUCGCUCUCAUUCUGGGAGCUCAAGGCGCAUACGUCAACGAUAAUCAGAUCGAAAUGCGGAAAAUCGCUGCUCAGGGACGCUUGCACAGGGCUGUAGCCCAAUUCGCGGCCACGGGUCGAGGUUUGAGCGGGAUAACUGAAGUCGUCAUGAGAGCGGUUGAGAGGUCCAUGGAGGCAAUACCGUCCAUUCCCAGUCUCGAUCCCCAGGAAUGUAUGAAGAGAUCCGUCUGCGAAGCUCACAAUCAACCAGACCGUUACGGGGUUGUGGGACUAGCGCUCCAGCUGAUAUUCCCGCCUUACCUGACUGGCGAGAGUGAAGACGCGCCCCUGAUCUCGAAGUAUCAGCAGGCAGCACGUUACGGACGCCGCAACGAUGCGGAAUGCGGACGGCAUUUCGACGGAUGCAUCGUGUCCCCGAUGGAAGUUACACAGAAACUCCUCAACUACAUCAUGCAGCAAAUGAAGUAA